UGUUUUCUCUGUGGAGGUGUAAAAACAACUCCUGUCUUAUAGCCACUAAAAGCUAGUAGCCAACCAAAACAAUGAAUGCCCCAAUUACUCCUGAUGAAGUACGCUGCAUAUUCAAUCAAAUUGACAAAAACCGUAACGGAUUUGUUACACCAAGAGAACUAAGGGCAUUUUUCAGAAAACAUGAUGCGAAAUUUGAUCGAAGGGAGAUCAAGGAAUUUAUUGCUAGACUGGAUGGGGAUGGAGACGGUCAAAUCAGUUUACAAGAAUUAACUAGGGGUAUCACUGGAAGAUAUUAGUUGAUAAAAUAUUGUGUGACAAGAUUGCACAGAAGAUUUGUUGAUUAUCUUGGUAUCCAUCGGAUCAAGAAACAUAGAUUUGCAAUAAUUGGUAAACUUCAAUACUCUGACUCUAUCCUACUGUGUGUGAAUACAUACGUCAUGAUUGUCGAACCUAUGUCUAGAAUACGUAACCCAGUUGAGUAUAUCACUGUGCAUUUAGUUCAAUUCUUGUGUUCUGAUAAACUGACUCUGAUCUGUUUGUCUGACUUAUUCCUUCGGCCUCACGGUUACCACACGGCAUUUGAUAGAUUAUAUUAUUAUUUCUAAGUGAGUUGAUUGGAUCUUUAAACUGACAUAGUUUGUUUACGACUUCACUGCUAUGUUUAAAUGCCUUAAAAUUAUCCCAUAAUGAAAGACCCUCUAUAACUACGUUCAUUUGUAUUACUAUAAUUUAACUCUGGUGGAUUGCUACGGGUAGUUAAACUGAUAUAUUGAACAACUGCUAAACUUCUAAGCAUGAAUAUGCAGUGUAUUCCACUUUAAACCAAAUAUUUUACUAACUCAUCAAAAUUUUAUUUGGGGACAUUUUAAUGUCUUUAAACCAUAUCAUUAAGGGAGUUCAAACCAAAUUGUAUAGAGUACUUGAGAAACUAUCAUCUUGAAUUAUUUUUUCGACCAAUCUGCUUGCAUUCAUUUAGUAGGGGUAUUUGGAAUGACCACCUAUAUCUUACUAUACCACCCACACAAAUCUUAAUUGUUAGCAAGAGAAAUGUCAAGUUGAUUUGCAACCCUGUGAUGAAUGAGUGUCUUACUAACAAUGUAGUAAACUUCAAACAUUUGUAGUUUAACCAUAGAUUGCAACACUCCUUCACAGUAUUAUUCUAGUUACGCCCACACUUUUACCUAUUGGCCAGAAAAAGAAAUAAAAAGCAAAUCUCAAUUUUGUAGGUUAGAUUGCUUUGUUAGGAUCUCAUCGGUAAUAUUUUUCGUUGCUGGUUGCCUCUACUGUGUUCAUUUUGUUUUUUGUAUAUUUGUCCACAGAUUUAUCCUACUAUCUCAAACCA